AUGGCGGACCCCGUAAGAAACAUCAUCAUUAAGCUUGGAAGCAAGGUACAUCCUCCGGGGGCGGCCCUCAAACACAUUCAAACGCUUCUACAGUUGGCUAUGAAGAAGAAGCUCAAGCUUGAUCCUCUGCUUCGCGACGAGAUUCUGGUGACUGUUAUGACCAACUAUCCGGAGUUUUAUGCUGAAUGGUCGGCAGAUGAUGUAACUGAACUUCUUGUGUUGGUCGCCGAAGCUAGUGAUGACGUCUCUCCAGUGUUUAUUCCAGAACCCUUCGAUGGAAAUCGGGCCGGGGCAUUCCUUCAAUUUUUUGCUCAACGUGCCCUAGAAUCUGUUGAAGAAGCUCGACGACGAGAGGAGUCCCAAGCUUUGUAUCUUGAAGCUGCUCAGAGAGAAGCAACACACAGACAGGAGAUUCUUCGACAACGGGUAAAUGAUUCUGAAACUCCUAUUGAAAUUUCUCCUGAUAGACCUGUUGAUUCUUCUAUUCCAUCGUCUGUGUCUGUUUUGCCUGAAAAUCAAUCUGCUUUGGGUUCCGAGAAGUCCCCUGUGAAUGUUGAUCCUCUAUCUUUGCCUGUGACUAAUUUUGCUGGUGAAAAAUCUGAUGCGUUGCGUGUGUCUGAUGAGAAAACAAAGUCCUCUGAUGAGCCAAAUCCACUGAGUCUGGUUGUUUAUGCUUCUGAGAAUAUUGCUCUGCCUCCGUCUGAAACUGUUAAUGUCUCUAAAGAGCCAAAUCCAGCUGUUGAUCCUCCUACCUUACCUACAACUGUUAAAACUGUUGAUUUAUCAAGUCCCCACAAGUCUGAGAAAACAGGUGGAGUUCCUGUUUACACUGCAACAUCUUUAGGAGAAAGCCUGGAACAUGUGCGACAUUUUGCUGGGUUACCAUCUGCUUCGAUCCCUCAACUUUAUCGAGUGAUACACCCUUCCGAAUCCUUCAGUGAAGAUGAUAAGAUACUGGCUGAGGUGUAUGGAUCCCAAGCACCUUCUUCUGCUGCCCUUACUGUUGAGGGAACUGCUCAUCCUGAUUCCACGAAUUUCAGAAUUCGAGAGAUAUCAAAUAUUGUUGGGAGCUCAUCUGCAAAUGUUUCUGAUUCUAGCCACUCGCCUGUGAAGAAGAGAAAGUCGAGUGAGACUGCUAAGCCUGAAGGAGACCCUCCUAUCCACCAAGUUUUCAAGACUCUACGUUCCUCUGUUAAGCAACAAGGAACUACUGCUGCUCAAGCUACUUCUGCACCAGCCCCCUCUGCCAGAAAAGGGAAACCUACCACAAGGUCAAGAGGUCGAAGUGUAACUCCGGAGGUUCCACCUAUUGAAGGAAUUGAUACUACUGUUUACAAACCUCAGUUUGUAUCACCUGCUGCACAAACAAAAUGGGCCACUAUGGUCAAAAGGGAGCUGAUUGUUCAAAGAACAGUGGAUGAGAAUCAACUGAACUCCGUUUGCGACAUUCUGCCCUUGCUGAAUGAAGUUGGUCUUUUAAAAACUGUUACAAAUGUUUGCCCUUACUCCAAGCUGCUCACAUAUGAGUUCUAUUGCAAUCUCAGUGAUGAGAUUGACAGUCUCACAGGGCCAGGACCGAUGCAAAUCUUCAUCAGAGGGAAGUGGUAUGAUUUUGGGCCAGAUGUGAUAAAUAAAUACUAUGGCUUGCCUACAGUGCAAGAAGAAACUGUUACUGAAUGGGACGUGGUGGCCAAAACUCUUACCGGUGGACAUACUACAUCUUGGCCUACAGGAGAUAAGGACUAUUUGCUGAGCUCGCAUCUCACGUUUAGAUAUGUCAUCCUACAUCGCCUGGCUCUGCACAACUGGCUUCCAUCAGCUCAUUUCAACACAGUUGGCAAGCUUCUGGUAGGGUUCUUAUUUAGAAUUGGAACUAAGAUGCAGUGUGAUCUGGGCAAAUGGAUUUUUUAUCAUGUUCUAACUCUGAUUCAUCCCCGGGAACAGAAGGUAAGACUACCGUUUCCAAAUCUGAUUUUUGGCAUCCUUACCUCUCAGGGUCUUAAGCCUAUACCCAGCGAAGUGAUCACUCCGACGCUGCUAUAUACUGUUGAUAAACGUCUUCUUUCUGGAGAUCAUAUUAAGGAUGUCGUUCCUGUGACUGCCCCAUCCAAUUCGGAACCUGAUGCUGUGAAUGAUGAGUCUCCUCAUGCUAAAGAUGAGAAGCUUUCCGAACAAUUGAAGGCGCGAGUUGCUGAUCUUGAGACGGUACACGGUAUCAUUGCCAAGCAACUGACUGGUGCGCGCACUGAGCUAGCUACUGUUCUUCUCCGCAUGAGCCUGUCUGAUACUGUUGCUGCUGCUGAGGAUCCCAUGAAGUCUGACUGUGACUCUCCCUCAAAUGCUUAA